AUGACCGACGCCCGCCCCAGCUCGCAACGCUCCCCGGAGGCCGCUGCCGACCCGCAGGAUCUGGCGCCUCCCCCUAGCCGGGUGCGUGUUGUGGUGCCCGUUCCUGGGCGGACGAAGACGGCUUCGGACUCGGCCGGUGUUCUUGCUACUCUCCGUGGGCCGAAACGGGCGCAGGACUCUGCGACGAACAGCGAUCGGAAGAAGAAGGGAGGAGGGCCGCUGGCCCAGCUGACGCUCGAUCUCUCGAGCCGGCCGACGACGCAGAUCUGCAAGGAGUGUGGGAUGUCGUUUGUGAUAGGGGUGCAGGAGGACGUGGAGCUGCACGAGAGGCACCACCGGGGGGUGGUGGCGGGUGUGGAAUGGCCGUUUGGUGAGACGGGGGAGUGCCGGACGGUCUGGCGGGCGCCUGGGGGGCUGGGCUCGGAGCAGAUCCACAAGGUCGAGCAGGUGCUCGAGAUGGUCGACCGCAGCCUGGAUGCGCAGGCGCUGACGGCGGAGCAGCGGCGGGCCUCGACGCUCUACCUCUACCUGGGCGAGCCGACGACGACGACGGGGCGGGCGGGCGAGGGCGAGCCGAGGAAGCGGCGGAAGCGGGUGGUGGUGAAGGGGAUGUGUGUGGCUGCGCGGAUCGAGGAGGGCUACCGGAUCGUGGGCGGGCCGGACAGCGUGGGGGACGAUGCGGGGCUGCUGCGGUUUGGGGAGACGAGCUCGGAGCUGUACUGCUCGCCCCGGGCGGAGAAGACGCUGGUGGGGAUCCAUCGGAUCUGGAGUGCGCCGGGGGCGCGUCGGGCGGGGCUUGGGCUGCGGCUGCUGGAUGCGGUGGCUUUGACGUUCAUCUACGGGAUGGCGAUCGAGGGUGCUGAGAUGCGGCGGGGGCUGGUGGCGUUCAGCCAGCCGACGGAGUCUGGCCUGGCCCUGGCUGCGGCCUGGCUCGGGAGCGUGUUCUUCAAGAUCUUCAUCGACUGA